GUGAAACAACUUGAAAUUAACAUUGAGAAAAUAAUAAUAUGUCACAAUGAUGCCGAGAACAGAGUGAGAUUGCUUGGUGUUCUAACAGGGAUAUUGUCCUCUACAUCUCUAACAUUUGGUGGAUUAUGUGUACAGUAGAUCAGUGAUAGAGAUAUUGGGAACUUUCAACUGGUAUUUCUCAGGAUGAUUCCACAUCUUUUCAUUGCUUCAAUAUGGUUGAUUAAAACUCAAGGACAAAAUGCAAACGCUUUAAGAAUACAAGAUACAUGCAGGCCUAAUAUUUUUAGUUUAAUAAACAGUGCACUAUACACAAGUGCUGUAGUCAUGUUGGUGGCUGGACUGCGCACCAUGGCUGGUAUGGGAAGCAUCUUCAGCAUUAUGAGCUCAGGAAGACUUGUACUAGUUGUUAUCCUUUCUCGGAUAUUUCUCAAGGAAUCACUAAACCUAAUCAAAAUAUGUGCAGUUGUUACCAGUAUAGCUGGAAUCAUAUCUGUGACUCAACCUAAUCUGAUUUUCAAAUACAUGCAAUCCAGUAUAUUGUUACAACCAUUUUGGACAUUGAAUUCAUCUUCAAUAACUGAAGAUCAAACUACAUAUGGCACUACAAACUUAAUCAUUGGCACACAUAUUGUACCAGAAAGCAUUCCACCAAUUUGGCAAGGAUAUAUUAUUGCCUUCAUCGAUUUAAUAAAUGUGAGCGCAAUGGCAAUUUCUACAAGCAUUUUAAUCAAGAAAACCACCUCAUCUCCAGAAAUGUUUUUCAGUAUGAGUGCUGUCGGGAUAUCCUUCACAGCUGUAGGAACAUGUUUUGAAGGCUUUAAGAGACCAAAUAACCUCCAUGAUGUCUUAUGUAUCAUUGGCUUCACAGUCGGGAGUAUUGGCUACAAUAUUGGAUACAUCAUCACCAUGAAAUUGUUACCAGCUUCAAUUGCUACUAUUAUCUUCACUUUCAAUAUAGUCCAAGGAAUACUUCUACAGUAAACCAUCUUCAAAAGUAGCUACAGCGGGCAUUCCAAUAUUUUAGAGCUACUAGGUUGUUGUUUGGUUAUUUUCAGUAUCUUCCUCAUACCUGUUCAACAAAUCUGUCUUGAUAAAAAUACAGACAAACAAACAACAUUACAGGAGAUUGUGCUACCUCUAAGCAAAGAUGUGGCUUUGAGAUAUAAGACUUUUAAAAUUUCCACAACUCAAAGACUAUAAGGCAAGGUGAACAUUGGCAUAUCCAUCCAAUAGGUAACUGAUAAAAAAAUGAUUGAGAAUUUCGUAUUUGAAUGAGAAACACACUUUACAUAACUUUGAAGUACAUAUAUGCACAAUUUGAAGAAAAAUCCAAUAAAAGGUUUCCUUGAAUAAUUUGAAUACUUAUCAACAUAUGUACAAACGGAGGAAAAACUGAUUUGUGGUUUUCCUGACGUUUUGAUGACAAAAAAGUGGGACUCCAAUAAUGCUCACUGGUACAAUUAUGUUGUCAUUUUAAUGAUACCACCAACAGUGUGACAAAAAUUAAGCUUGUAUUUGCAAAUGCAACUUAUAACAGCGGUCCGAUUUACCUGCUAUUUUAUGGGCAACUUAUCUAAAUAUAAAUUGUACCUGCCACUAUUCCAUUCAUAUCUAAAUUCGUUAGUCAUGAAAUAUUAGGUUAAUCCGAUAGCCGACAGGCAUUAGUUGCAUUCGUGAAUACAAGCUAGGCCAGAUGUGCUUGCAACAACAAUUACUGUAUUUACAUGUAUCUAUUGAUUGAAAUUCUAAAAUUUUAUGAAAAUAGGUUACAAAGAUUUAUACACCAAAGUUAAUAUGGGAGAAAAAAUUGACUUGAAAAAAUCUUUUUAUUCUCUCAUAUGUAAAAAAUAUAUUUCAUUAAUUAUUUGUAGCUCUUUUUUCAUAUUGAAC